CAAUGUAACCAACAAUAAGAAUGGCAAUUCAAGGCUACCAACUCUUUCUCCUUCUAGCUUUUCUUGGUUCCGCUGCUCAAAUUGGAGGCAAGAUUGUGACCGACACACUCUUCCGGACUAGUUUUCUGGAUGGUUUUAUAUUCGGGGCGGCAUCAUCAGCUUGCCAAUAUGAAGGUGCAGCUAAUGAAAGAGGCAAAGGACCGAAAAUCUGGGAGACUUUCACUCACCAAUAUCCAGGUCUAGUCAUCUGUUUCUCCAUCUAUACAUGGGGUUUCAGUCUCGAAAUCAUCCAAGUUUCUUAUUGAACUAUUCAAAGUAUAACAGAGUUGUUUAUGUUGUAAAAUGGAAAGAUAGCUGAUGGAAGUAAUGGAGAUGUGGCUGUUGAUUCAUAUCAUCGGUGCAUGGUAACGAGUUGUAUUCACUACUAUAUAUAUGAGAGGCGAACAUGGUCGGACAACAAGUUUUGACUUCUG